AUGAGCACCAUCUGGCACCCAGACUUGUUGAACGAGGACCCCGUCAUCGUCAAGGAAGAGCCCGACGACGACCACCACACCCCCCCCGCCGUCAACGUCGAACCUCCCGCGGACGACCAUGGGGAAGACGAAAAGACGGAGGAUCUCGCAGGGAAGAUGUCGACGAUUUGGCGACCUGACCUCGACCGGCUGCGCGCCAGCAUCGCCGAGAUGGAGGGAUCGGAGAGCGAAGAGGAGGAGAAGGAUGCGACCAAGAAGGGAGUGAAGCGGAAGAGAGCCCCUCCCACGAAGGGGCCGUGCGAGCACGGGGUGAAGUAUCGGUCGCACGCUCUCGGUGCCAGGAGUGCGGUGGGUCUGGACUCUGUGAGCACGGUCGUCAGCGCAGUCGAUGCAAGGAGUGCGGUGGGUCUGGAAUCUGCGAGCACGGUCGUCAGCGCUCUCAGUGCAAGGAGUGUGGUGGGGGCUCAAUCUGCCAGCACGGUCGUCGGCGCUGUUACUGCAAGGAGUGCGGCGGGUCUCAAAUCUGCGAGCACGAUCGUAUUCGCUCUCGGUGCAAGGAGUGCAAGAGAAAGCGAUCAACUCAACCGCGACAGUAACGACGCCACCGACACAGACAGCGGCCCAUAA